AUGGCAUACCACAAAGUAGCCAUCGCAGGAGCCACUGGCAACGUCGGCCCAGCAAUCGUCAAAGGCCUCGUAGACGGCGGCUUCGCAGUGACAGCACUCUCCAGAAGCGGCAAGACAGACGGCCUCCCGUCCAGCGUGAAGACCGUGAGGGUCAACUACGACUCUCAAGACUCCCUGGCCACGACGCCUUUAUCUCCGCUAUCCCAAAACACGGCAAACAAGCUCCCCUUCAUCGACGCUGCCAUUGCUGCAGGCGUAAAACGCUUCCUACCCUCAGACUUCGGCUCCGACAUUCCAGGCAACGCCAACACCGCCGCCCUUCCAGUCUUCGCAGGAAAGGUGGCCACUGCUGAGUACCUCAAGAAGAAAGCCAACGACAUCAGCUACACCACCGUCAUCAACGGCUUGUUCCUAGACUGGGGUCUAAAGCUCGGCUUCCAACUGAACGUUAACGGCACGACAAGACUCUACGACAAACCCGACAGGAGGAUUUCCUACACCACCCUUCCAGAUAUCGGUAAAGCGGUCGCCAACAUCCUGAAGAAGCCUGAGGAGACCAAGAACCGUGCGGUGUACAUCCAGAGCGCCGCGGUGUCGCAGAAUGAGCUUCUAGCGAUUGCGAAGAAGGUCAAGCCAGGGUUCAAGGGCGAGACGGAGAAAAUUGAUACUGAGCAGAUUUUGAAGGAUUCGUAUGCUGGGCUUGAGAAGGGAGGUGAGGCGAUUGGUGGUGCUAUGCUUGGCUUCAUCACUGUUAGUGUUUUCAAUGAGAAAUAUGGAGCCAAUUGGGACGGGAAGAAUGAUAACGAGUUGCUUGGCAUUAAGGAGAAGUCGAAGGAGGAAUUGGAGGUGCUUGUCAAGUCGCUUGGUUAG